AGGGCGCUAAAGUACAAAAUGGCGACGAUCGAGAGAGAAGCUAUCCAGAAACAAAUCCAACAAGAUUGGGCCAAUAGAGAAUAUGUGGAAAUCAUAACUGUUAGUAUAAAGAAAAUCGCAGACUUCUUAAAUUCAUUCGAUAUGUCAUGCAGAUCAAGAUUAGCAACUUUGAAUGAGAAGUUGACUUCAUUGGAAAGAAAAAUUGAAUAUCUAGAAGCUAGAGUGACAAAAGGUGAAACUCUCACUUAAAUACAAUACGGUUUUUUUCCCAUAGACCGGAAUUUCCAAACAUGUUGUCCACAAUCUUUUUUUAAUACUUGUAAGUCAGAUAAGGUUCCGUAAACAUUGUCUUUUGUAGUGUAGUAUUAGUGAAAAUGUUCCAACUGCUCCGUGACGAAUGUUCGUGAAUGUGUUGGCAAUAUUCAAUUCGAAUUGUAGAAUUAGCACUUACGUCAUUCUUUCAAAAUUUUUUAAUACAAAAAUAUCACACUAAGCAUUUUUCAUUAAUAGCAAAAUUCUAUGCAUUGGACCAUUUAAAGUAGGAUUUUUUU